AUGCUGCUGGAGGGGUUUGCGUUUCUCUUGAACCCGAAUGCAGCGGGAGCGAGGAAGCAAUUAUUAAGCUGUAGACGUUGGCAGGGAGAGAGGCCUCAGAUAGAUUUUGACUCCAAACCUCAUUCGUCACCCAGGCUGCUCAUUACCCAAGACCUGGAUCCCAGGCUGAUGGUGGAUCUGAGGGCUUGGAAAAUCGGUGAAUUACUUCCUUCAGGUUAUGUCAACAGCCAGGCCCAGGCUGGAUGUGGGUGA